AUGCCGACCCCGACCGGCGACUCGCUCACGCACUCCAACACUCCGGAUCAGCAACGACGGCAAGACCCGCUGCAUUACAGACGUCAAUCGCCCGUUCGCGCCCACGCAACCCCUCCCACCUCGUCGGUCGAACACCAUGCCAGCCACGAGGAUGCCAACCAUGAGCCGCCGGCAAAGAAGCGGAAGGUUGCAGGGCCCGAGCAUAAACAAUCUCCUCGACCCGUCUCCCCUCCAUGGCGACGGGUCGUCGCAGAGGGCCCGACAUCCUUCGUAGUCGAUGGUCGUCGGAAGUCUGGACGAACAAACAUCAUCCCGCUCGACCUGCAACCCCAGUCGAAUAAGAGGCAGACCCGCGCGGCGUUUGACAAAGUCAAGGAGGAACAUCAGAAGCAUGUCAAACCCGUGUACAACAUCAACAUGUCCGCUCGGAAGUCCAACUGCGAGGUUGUCGUGCCUUCACGCUCGCCAUCGGCCGUCAAGCGCGCUGCUGUUCCUCCCACCAAGAGCCGCGACUCCGCCACCCACGCGCACAUCGCCAAAAUAGAGAACUUGCAAAGACAGAUCAAGGAACUCGAGAAAGCCCGCUCAAAAACUUCACAUACCCCGCAGCCCAAGUCCUCCAAGUCUCUCAGUCGUCCGGUCAGCGCUGGCGGUCGCCGCCCUCGGCCUAAUUCACUCAAGGUGAAUGGUGCUCACAAAGAACAACGACCCAUCAAUGGCACUGUCAAACUCGAAUCAGAGAGUGAUUCCUCCGACCUUGACAGAUCUCUGAGCGAGCCCGAGGUGUCUUCCAGAGCACCAACCCCACCACUCACUCUGCGCAAAGUCAUCUUUCGCGUCCAAUUACCUCCGCCCACUGUUGCAACUCCGGCCAAUAUCCCACCAUCGAAGAAGUUCGCAAGUUUUGAAGAGUUCUUGGAAAAAGAUGAGACAGAGCCGCGGCUGGCGGAGGACACCUUGACACAAGACCAGAUCAACAAGGAAGCCAUGGUGAGGACCAAAGUCAGACAGGCACAAAAACGAGGAGGAGUACUGGACAAGAAGUUGAUGGACACGCUGCCCAAGCCACAAGCCGAGCCAAGAAGACAAUAUGCCCAUCAUGAUCACCUGCUCGCGCACGUGUUGCACUUUCGGAAACUUCUCGAGGUGGAGACCAAGGAUCAUAGGAGGAAGGCUCAGAUCCUGGCUUAUGAGGCCAAAAAGUAUGUCGAGGACAAGCAGAGUCGAAACAAGGUCAAGACUGUCGCCGAAAUCGUGCAAGAACAGCGGGAGGCCUGCAUUGCGGCUUAUCGGUCUGUGGUCAAGGAUGUCGACAAACUUUGGACCGCCGUCAGAAUAGAAGUCAAUGCCAUGCGACAAAAGGAGUAUGAGGAAGAGCAACAAGCCAAGAUGAAGGGCCACCUCGCUCGAGUGUUGGAUCGGACUGAUCAGAUGCUGAGUCGAGCUGCGGAGCAGGAUGAUAUGACAACGGAUACUGACACCGACAUGUCUGUGGACGAAACCAUGGACCCUGAGUCGGAAAACAGUGAGCAAAUGUCGGACAGCCAGACAGAGUCCGAAUCGGAACCAGACAGCCAGGACGCCGAUGCUGAGAUGUCACUGGAGGAACUGAAAAAGAAGUAUGACAAUCUGCACGACCAGUCAAUGGAGACAGAGAAUGCAGAAGAGGCACCAGGGCCGAAUGAAGACCGGCCAAGUCCGAAUCUGGAUCAAGAAGAGUCAGAUCCCGAGACCGAGAUGGAUUCGGAGUUUGACACAGAUGGGAGCGAAGACGAAGACGAAGACGAGGACGAGGAAGAUGAGAGUGAGGAGGAGGAAGCCGAGCCUGACCUUCUUUCUAUGCUCUUUUCGAAAACUCAACGCGCGGAAAUUGAGAAAGGAGCCGACCAGGAGGUCGAAAAAGGAGAGUCCGGAAGUCGCAACACCGACCCUGUGGAAGAAGUGCCAGAGCAGCCGAGGCCGGAUGGCGACCAGUCUGAGGGGCCUGGCGUGCCAGAUCAUAUCGCCUCAGAAAAGGUGGAAGGCAAUGUUACAGAACGGCUUGGUGUGAAGCUGGAAGUAGUAGCUAGUCAACAGGGUGAAGACGCUGUGAUACGAGACGCCACAUCACCUUCGCAUCUGGAGAUACCUCACCUUCACUCGGAGGAUGCUGUGAGUCGGGACCCCAGCACUCAUACUUCUCCCCACACCACAGCCACCAAAGUCUCCGAUCCCGACUCUGUCUCGUCGAUUGAUGCUCAAAUCGAUCCGGCCCCGCCUGCGACGCCUUCAGACACUAAGCCGACCAUCGAGACACCUGUUCCGAGUCUGUUACGAGGUACUCUACGCGAAUACCAACAUGAAGGCCUGGACUGGCUGGCCAAUCUUUAUGCGAAAGGACGGAGUGGAAUUCUAGCGGAUGAGAUGGGUCUCGGCAAGACGAUUCAGAGCAUUGCGCUUUUGGCUCACCUUGCUGAAGUCCAUGAGGUCUGGGGUCCCCAUCUCAUCGUUGUCCCGACAAGUGUCAUGCUGAAUUGGGAAAUGGAGUUCAAAAAGUUCUUGCCUGGCUUCAAGAUCCUGACGUACUACGGUGAUCAGACAGAACGAAAGGAAAAGAGAAGGGGGUGGUUGGCAGACGACAAGUUCAAUGUAUGCAUCACUUCAUACCAGCUCGUGUUGAAAGACAAGGACUCUUUCAAGCGACGGAGAUGGCACUACAUGAUUCUGGAUGAAGCCCACAACAUCAAGAACUUUCGCUCGGAGCGAUGGCAGACGAUGAUGACCUUCAACACCAGAGCUCGGCUGCUUUUGACCGGCACCCCUCUUCAAAACAACUUAACUGAGCUAUGGUCACUACUGUUCUUCCUCCACUAUGGCCAAGAGGACCAGGGUGAGGACGACGCUUUUGCGGGCUUGAAGGAGUGGUCGGAAUGGUUCAAACGGCCCGUCGAAUCAAUCCUCGAGCAUGGCCGGCAGGUCCUGGACGAGGAAGAUCGCGAGCAGGUCGCAAAACUGCACAAAGUCAUUCGCCCAUUCCUUCUGCGCAGACUCAAAGCAGACGUUGAGAAGCAGAUGCCUGCCAAGUACGAGCAUGUGGAAAUGUGUCGGUUGUCCAAGCGCCAACGCCAACUCUACGAUGGCUUCAUGUCAAGAGCCCAAACGAAGGAAACACUGGCCUCUGGGAACUACCUGUCAAUCAUCAAUGCACUGAUGCAGCUGCGCAAAGUGUGCAACCAUCCCGAUCUAUUCGAGACGCGGCCCAUCAACACAUCACUCGCAAUGCCUAAAGCUGCUUCGGCCGACUUCGAAAUCAAAGAUUUCUUGGUGCGUCGGAGACUUAUGCUGGACGCCUCGAACGAUCUAGACCUCGACUUUUUGCAGUUGGCCCCGAUUUCCAAUGAGGGGAUGUCCAUGAUUGAGGCAAUCGAGACUAGUAAACGACAUGCGUACCACCAGUUUAAGGGCUUGCGUGAAUCUCAGUCAAGGAGGAUCCUGGCCUCUUCCGGUGUCUUCAGCAGCAACGCACCGAGUGCUUCGUCAUGGCGUGGAGACAAUCGCAUUGGUGUGCUCGGAUCGCUGGAGAAUGUUGGGCGGAGAGCUCGGCUUCAGGAACUCGAUCGCACCAUGUAUUACGAAGCCUACAGGCACCAUCAGCACCCAAUCUACGGCCGAGGCCUGAUCGAACAAGUUACCAUCGACGCCAAAUAUGAGCGACUGUCCAGACUCUCGCCGCCUAGAGUCUUGUCGAAAUGGUGGGAGUCCGAGAUGCCCGUCCAAUUUUUCGACAUGGUCCACUCUGUCCAGUCACGUUCCGAGCAAAUGCAACCCUUUGUGGAAGGGUAUGCAUGUGUCACCCCCUCUGUCGUGGCAACCGACCUCUCCACCCGAGCUGUCACCGAAGCGGGCGCCCAGCUCAUUAGAGAAGCAGCGCAGACAACCUGGAGGUUCGACCGGGACCAUCCAGAUCCAUUCCACCUCGCUCGCAUGAAACUAUCAAUCGCCUUCCCGGACAAGCGGCUCCUCCAAUAUGACUGCGGUAAGCUGCAGAGACUCGACAAACUCCUCCGGAAACUCCAAGCAGGAGGCCACCGUGCCCUGAUCUUCACGCAAAUGACCAAGGUCUUGGACAUCCUGGAACAGUUCUUGAACAUUCAUGGUCACCGAUACCUGCGACUUGACGGAGCCACAAAAAUCGAGCAGCGCCAGAUCCUCACCGAGAGAUUCAACAACGACAAUCGCAUUCUGUGUUUCAUCCUGUCUUCCCGCUCCGGCGGUCUCGGCAUCAACCUUACUGGUGCAGAUACCGUCAUCUUCUACGAUCUGGAUUGGAACCCCGCCAUGGACAAGCAGUGUACAGAUCGGGCUCAUCGAAUUGGCCAAACUCGCGAUGUGCACAUCUACCGGUUUGUGAGCGAACACACGAUCGAGAGCAAUAUCCUCCGAAAAGCCAAUCAAAAGCAAAUGCUCGAUGAUGUGGUCAUCCAAGAAGGUGAUUUCACGACGGAUUACAUGGCCAGGAUGAGCUAUCGGGACAUGCUUGACACUGGUGACGGAGAGGGCGAGCAAGACGAGGCCGGCAGAGCCAUGGAUCGUGUCCUGGGCACCGCGGGGGACAAGAAUAUCGUUGUGCUUGAACAAGCUGAAGACCAGGAAGAUCGGGCAGCGGCCAAGGUUGCCGCGAAAGAGAUCCAGGUUACUGACGAUGCCGACUUUGAGGAUCAAGUAACCCGAGCGACCCCUCAGACGGGCGAAGCUCGCAAUACACCUGCGGCGAGCACUGGUGUCGGUUUCGGCACAGACUCUGCUCCUACCGAGAUGGUGGCAGAAAGCGAGAAGUGGCAUCACAUCGAUGAAUAUCUGAUACAGCUGCAGAGAUACUUGAUGAAGGACAUCCCGUUGGAGGGCGGGGCAAAUUCCAAAAAGGGGAAGAGAGGGCGGCGGAGAGACGAGCAUCGCGUCAGAAAGAGAUGA